GCGUUGAGGACAUGCGUGAUAUAUAAACUUCAGCUGUCAGGUGCACACUAGUUGAGAGUGAAGGAAACAUCGCAGGGUGUAAUUGACCUUGUCGCAAGUGAUUCGAUCGCGUCGCAAACGCGAGCCAUGGCCUCCUAGAGGCUAUUUCGAACUUUAUGCUUCUGCAGCGCACCGGCUCGCUAUAGUCGACGAGUUGGAAUACUUAGACAUGUCGAAUCGCUUGUCAUCGUGACGCGACUACAUGCAAGCAUUCCAAUGCGUGUAGAUGGAAUGCUAGUCGGCUCGGGUUGCGUCACUUGUUUGUUUGAUUGGCCACCGCCACCUCACUAGUUCAACCUCUGCGCGGACUCAGCAAACUCCUUCACCUCAUCCCAUUACCACUCCGCAGCACCAGCACCCAUUCCUCCACACAUACCAACCCAAUCAAUCACCCUCACGCAUAUCUCAUAUCCUCUUUUGCCAUGGCGUUCAAGAUCUCCCUCUCCCUCUCCAAAUCGCGAAAGCAAUCCAAGCCAGCUCACCUCAAGACCGCCCACAACGACGAUGGCAGCAGGACGCCAUCGAAGUUCUGGAACGCCUUCAGGACCCGCCAGGCUAACAGCGACCACACGCCUGACUCUGUGGUCGCCAACCACACCCUCAGUGACUCCCCUCCGCCUCCCGCUAGUAACAACAUCAUUCUCCACCGUGUCCCGCCCCGGAUUUCCUCCCUCCAGCCCAUUAUCACUCCGCCUCCUCGAAUUUCCUCUCUCCCGCCCAAGGCCGGUCCCAAGCCCGUCGCUGCCCUUGUAGUACUACUUUCCAAGCCUAUCCCCGCCUCUUCCCCUACUCCCAAACCAUUUUCAAAGCCCUUCGUCAGGCGGGACGAAGAUGGCCGCAAUUUCAUCUCCUUCUCGGCCCUCUAUGAGCAAGAAACAACUUCACAGUCUAUCCCAACAUUCUACCCCGCCUCGACCGCCAUACGCGUAGUCGAUACCCUCACAGCACAGAUUAUCGCCAAAACCGACUCCCAGGAGGGAUCGAAUGACGACCGCACGCGCCUUACUUCUCGUGGAGACAGCUCCGCUCAUGCGUCGAGCACUCCCUUGUGGGCUGCCGCGUCCAUUCGCCAUGAAUGUCGUCAGAAGACCGGCGAAAUAUCCCCUGUCCCCUCUCCGAGCGCCCGGAGCGAAGACUCUGAUUCGACGACCGCCUCGGUCCGCUUGCGUCGCAUAGCCGACGUCAACGCCGCCGCUGGAAACCUCUGGGACCUACUCGAGAACGCCGCAGACUACACAGCGCCUCCACAAUCUACCAGCCUACCCAUUUAUACCACACAUUCUAAGGACUUCACAAACUAUGCAUCGUCUCCACAAUCUAUCAACCUCGUCAACUCUACCACACACCCUGAGGAUUUCACGACAAACUAUACCAGCUACUCACCCACAGACUACCUCCAACACCACUUCUCUGUUUCUACCUCGGACUAUCCUUGCAUUCCGCGUAAUUCCUCUGGGAUGUCGCGUAUUACCGAGAUGACCGAGACGACCACGGUCUCUCUCCUCUUACUCAGUCCGCUCGCCGAGGGCGAUGAUUCGGACAGUCUAUCUGACGUUUCUCUUACGGACGUCAUCUGUGGCUCGCCGACACUGGCCAAUCUUGAAGAUUUCGACUAUGAUGCUGACGAUGAUAAGUCGGACGCGAUGUCCUUGGCUUCGGUCGUCACUAGCAAUAUCGAGGGUUUCUUCUGAAUCAUUCAUCUAUUACCGCAAGGAAAUUUCUCACUUUAUCUUGGGACUCUUGAUUAGGAUUGGGCAUGGGCUACGACAAUAUAUGUUUCCUCCUUCAUUUCAUGGAUGUAUCUCUUCACCAUCAUACGCAUUAUCUUUCUCUAUAUCAGAUUAGUAACCAUUCACAUCUCUCGGAUUCGCAUCCUGUAGCCUCAUUUUUUCUCGUACCUAGCAUGGACUCUCAUACCGUCUCGUAUCUUGUAUUAUCAACGAAUGCAUCAGCACAUCCUUAAUAUUCAUUUUCUCAU